GUGAAGCUAGAGGAGAGAAUGGUUGCUUCUUGGGAGCCAUGAGCGCCCUCUUGAACGCCAUCAGACACCGGCUAAGACCAAAGCGAAGACAACAGAGGACCAAGAACCACCGGAUCUGUUGCAACUCUGCUAUGGCCAAGAGAAAGUUGGCAAAAGGGAGAGAACCGACCUGGGCCUAUUCUGGGCUUAACGCCAAGCCGAGCAAGCUAAACCGUAUUGCUAAAGGCACAUCUGCUAACGCAGAACUCCAGGAAAGACUUAAGUCAUCUGUGCAGGCUUUUGAAGAGAAGCGCAAGCCACACUGGGUGGUUCUCCAGCCUGCUGAACCAGCGGGUCAAGCAGAGGUAAUAAUGGAGAACACUGAGGCUGGAGAGGACCCUGCUAAACAACCAAGGGAUAUGGCAAGCAUGAACAACACUCAGCUUGGAGAGAAUCCUCAUGAACCAGCAACUGGCCCUGACUCCAUUUGCCCUGUCCCAUCUGACUGGACUCUUGAACAAGUCAUGGAGAAUCUUAAGUCAUCAGCAGACGAUGACGAGGGAGACCAAGCUGGCCCUGACUCCAUUUACCCUGUCCCAUCUGACUGGACUCUUGAACACCUCAUGGAGAAUCUUAAGUCAUCAGCAGACGAUAACAAGGGAGACCAAGCUGGCCCUGGCUCCAGUUCCCCUGUCCCAUCUGACUGGACUCUUGAACACCUCAUGGUGAAUCUGAAGUCAUCGGCAGACAAGGAAGAGGGAGACAAAGCAGGCCCUGGCUCCAGUUCCCCUGUUCCAUCUGAAUAUGCUCUUGACCACCUCAUGGAGGAACAGAGUUCAUCAGUGGAUGAGACUGGAGAGGAUCUUCAGCCUAAUGAUCCACCAAGCUGGCGUCUGACACAUGACCAGAUGUAUUGGGAUGUGACUGGACAAGAUAGAGUGGCCAUCAUGCACUCGGGCCCUUUCAGUUUCGUUGUCCCAUCUAAAUGGGCCUUUGACCAUGUGAGUGGGUGUGAGGAGCAGGACAGUCGUCCAUACGCCAUGGUCUUCUACUGACAGCCAAGCAGACGGCUACAUCUACAGUACUACCACUCAACUGCUCAGCUGCCUU